AUGGAUGCAUUGAAGAAAUUUGAUAAGUUCAUCGCUACUGAAGAUGCUCAUGAAAAAGAGCCCGAUGCUAUUAGAUCAAAUUAUGAUUUAAAUCCUACGGCUCCCAAAGAUAGAACUUGGCGUAAAUAUAAUUAUGUCUUAAUUUGGCUUCAAUCUGCUGUGAAUGUUAAUGAGUUUAAUACUGGUGCUUCAUUGAUUGCUUCGACCGGUUUACCUUAUGGACAAGUUAUUGGUGCUUGUAUUUUAGGUAUUGUAGUUGCUUGUUUUUUCACUGUUGUUAAUGCUAGAGUUGGUUCAAGUUAUCAUAUUGGUUAUCCAACAUAUGCUAGAGCCGUUUAUGGUACCAGAUUGUUUUACUUCUUCGUAUUUGUAAGAUUAUUCGUUGCCAUUAUUUGGAAUUCGGUCCAAAGUUACUAUGGUUCAAAGAUGUUAGAUGUUAUGUUCCGUUGUAUCUUCGGUCAUAAAUGGGUAAAUCUUCCAAAUCAUUUACCUGAAAGUGCUCAAAUUACUACUAGAGGUAUGGUUGCCUUCUUCUUAUACUGGUUACUUCAAAUGCCUUUGAUGUGGGUCCAUCCAAGACAAAUUCGUUGGUUUUUCACUUUCAAGUCAUUCUUCACUCCAAUGGCUUUAACUGGUUUAUUCAUCUUUUGUAUGAUUAGAGGUCAUGGUCCAGGUAAUUGGGAUGUUGGUGCAAAAGGUGUUAGUACUUUAUCAACUGGUAAUACUUGGAUGUCAGUUGUUAACACUGUUAUGGGUACUUUAUCUCCUAUGAUUAUCAAUCAACCAGAUAUUUCAAGAUAUGCUAGAAACAAAUCUGAUACUGUUUUAUAUCAAGCCAUCGGUUUCAUUCCUUCUAAAAUUGUUGUCUUAUUGUUUGGUAUGGCUUCUACUUGUGCCAUUUACAGAGCUUAUGGACAAGCAUACUGGAAUAUGUGGGAUUUAUUUGAUGCCAUUUUAGACCAUCAAUGGGGUGCCGGGGCUAGAACAGGUAUUUUCUUCUGUUCUCUUGCUUUCAUGGUAGCUACUGCUGGUACUAAUAUUUUUGCUAAUUCAAUCCCUUUUGCUUGUGAUCUUUCGGGUUUACUUCCAAGAUACUUCACUAUUUUACGUGCUCAAAUCUUAGCUGGUGUUCUUAUUUGGGCUAUUGUUCCAUGGAAAUUCCUUGCCAAUGCUACUCAAUUCUUAACAUUUUUGGGUUCUUACUCCAUUUUUGUUGCCCCACUUCUCGGAGGUUUGUUAGCUGAUUAUUAUGUUUUAAGAAGGGGUAAUCUUCAUGUACCUUCAUUGUAUACUAGAUCUCCUCAAGGAGCUUACUAUUAUUAUAAAGGGUUUAAUCUUUGGGGUUUAGGAGCUUGGUGUUUAUCUCCAGUUCUUGGUAUUCCAGGUCUUUACAAUGCUUAUCAUCCAGGUGCUUUAAAUAAAGUAGCUUCUGAAAUCUAUAGUUCUGGUUGGUUAUAUACCUUUAUUUGUGGAUUCGUUCUUCAUGCUGCUUUAGGUACUAUUUUCAAAACUAAAAUAUACCCUGAUCAACAUGCUGAAACUCCAAAGACUUGGGAAUAUAUGACUGAAACUGAUGGAUUUUUCGAAGAAGAUGCUCCUAUUGGUGGUGUUGGAUAUCCAGGAUCUGUUGAUUAUUACUCUGAAAGGAGUGAAAAUGAUAGCAAUGAUGAAGAGAAAUUGAAAGUUAUCACAAGUAUCAAAUCUACUGGUGGGUUAAUUAUGUGA